UCAAUGCAUGUAGCAUUCAUUCCCCUGUGUGAGACAGAGGAGGGGAAAUGAAGCUGUUGACGACACCUCUGUUUCUUCCUUUCCCAAUAUAAAAUUUUUCCCUCCCAUUCAAUUCUUCUCAUUCCGCUCCCUCUUUAAACGCUGCUUCCUUUCCUUUCUUUUUUUCCCUGCUCCUGUGGGGUUACUCUUCUCUAAUGUUCUUGGUCUUUCUGCUUCACCUUCUCAUCAUCCUCUUUCCUUUGUUUCUGUACAUCCUGCUUGUCUUGCUGUUUCCCCGUUUUGUCAGGUUUUGGUUUUCGGAGCUUGGUUUCUCGUUGUGGUACUCAUGUCGGCCAUCGUCAAUUACAGUGGAGACGAUGACCUCUAUCCUGGGGGUUCUUUAUAUGCUAUUGGUUCCAAUUUCGAUGUGUACUACCCUCCUAGCAAGCGAGCUCGGAUCAGUGCCUCUUUUAUCUUUGAAAAUCUCGAGUCUGAGCAAGAUCAAAGGCCUACCAUUGAAGUUCUUCCUGACGAGUGCCUAUUUGAGAUAUUCAGACGGCUUCCUACUGGCAAAGAAAGGAGCUUAUGCGCUGGUGUAUCUAAGAGAUGGCUCAUGCUCAUGAGCAGUAUCAGCAAAGCUGAAAUCUGCAAGUCUGCUUCCUCUGAUAUCGAAAUGAAUCCUGCUGAUGAGGAUCAAGACAGUGAAGAUGAUGGCUACCUUACAAAGUGUUUGGAAGGGAGGAAAGCAAAUGAUGUAAGACUGGCUGCAGCAGUGGUUGGCACUAGUGGCCGUGGUGGACUGGGGAAACUCUCUAUCAAAGGAAACAACUCUGUAUGUGGGGUCACUAACAUGGCCCUCUCGGCCGUUGCUCGUGGCUGCCCUUGUCUCAGAUCACUUUCUUUAUGGAAUGUAUCUUCUGUUGGGGAUGAGGGCCUGAUGGAGAUAGCAAAAGGAUGCCAUAUGUUGGAGAAGCUUGAUUUAUGCCAGACUACUUCUAUUAGUAACAAGAGUUUGAUUGCCAUAGCUGAGGGAUGCCCCAAUUUGACCACCUUAAAUAUUGAAUCAUGUCCAAAGAUUGGAAAUGAGGGGCUGCAAGCUGUUGCAAAAUUCUGCCCCGACUUACGGUGCAUCACUAUCAAGGAUUGCCCUCUUGUUGGGGAUCAUGGAGUUUCAAGUCUGUUAGCAUCAGCUUCCAAUCUAUCAAAGGUGAAGCUUCAGUCUUUGAACAUUACUGACUUUUCUCUGGCUGUCAUUGGCCAUUAUGGAAAGACAAUUACAAAUUUGGUUCUUAGUGACCUCCGAAAUGUCAGUGAAAAGGGAUUUUGGGUCAUGGGUAUUGCUCAGGGUCUGCUGAAAUUGAUUUCAAUUACUAUUAUUUCCUGUCGAGGGGUAACUGAUGCAAGCAUUGAAGCCAUGGGUACAGGUUGCCACAACCUAAAGCAGAUGUGCCUUCGUAAGUGUUACUUUGUAUCUGACAAUGGGCUAGCAGCAUUUGCCAAAACUGCAGGAUCUCUUGAGAGCUUGCACUUGGAGGAGUGUAGUAGGAUCACCCAGUCUGGGAUUAUUAUUGCCCUUUCAGAUCUCAAAUCAAAGUUGAAGUCUCUCACGCUUGUGAAGUGCAUGGGAAUUAAAGAUAUAGAUAUGGAAGAAUCUAUGCUCUCUCCUUGCAUGUCUCUUCGAUCUCUAACAAUAAAAAACUGUCCUGGUUUUGGUAGUGCAAGCCUGGCUAUGGUUGGGAAGUUGUGCCCUCAACUUCAGCACAUUGAUCUCACUGGGCUCUAUGGCAUAACCGAUGCUGGUAUUCUCCCUCUUUUGGAGAACUGUGAAGCAGGACUUGUCAAGGUGAACCUUGCUGGCUGUUGGAACUUGACCGAUGACAUAGUUUCAACUUUGUUAAAGCUACACGGUGGGACGCUUGAACUGCUGAAUCUUGAUGGCUGCAUGAAGAUUACUGAUGCAAGCUUGGCUGUGAUUGCUAAUGAUUGCCUGCUGUUAAAUGAUCUGGAUUUGUCAAAGUGUGCAAUCACUGAUUCAGGUGUAGCUGUUCUUUCCAGUGCCAAGCAACUCAGUCUGCGAGUGCUUUCCCUUUCAGGCUGUUAUGAUAUAUCAAACAAGAGUGUCCCUUUCCUUAAAAAAUUGGGUCGGACCUUGGAGGGGUUGAAUCUUCAAAACUGCAAUUCAAUUGGCAGCAGCAAAAUUGAGUUGUUGAUGGAGAGUUUGUGGAGAUGUGAUAUUCUGGCUUAAUGGAUAUAGUAACAAGUGCAUCUGCUUGGAGCCGGGAAGCAUUUACAAUUAAAGAAGGCUUUGAAAUGCAGGUAGAAACUCAGAAGAACGCAAAGUACAUGUAUGAAUCUCAUAAUAAUCAACUCUGGUGGCGGUCGGCAUACUUUUUGGGCUGAUAUGCAUAUCUCAGGUGGACUAAUUGGCAGUUCGAGGACCUGGUUGUUUUCUAGUGAACUGUGGCAGAUCCUUUCUUGACCCCCCUUUUUUCAGGCAUUUCUUCCCCUUGAAGUGCUUGUUCCAACCCUUUUGGACUCUCUAGCAAGAGGCUGCACUCUUUUAAGGCUAUAGAUCUCUGAAAACACAGAUACCAAGUCCAGGAUGAUGCUUUGAUUGCCACUUGUGGACAGUGCAUUGUUUAUGCGAGGUCUUAUUUUGGGUUGCUGGAUGUUGUAUAAUGAGUGUUUUAGCUUUUAUUUCCAUACUUAAGCUUUUAGUCCGUUUGUUCUUAAAUCUUGAUAUCAGUGUAGUCCCUCGAGUCUUUUAAGGGUCUUGCUGCUCCUUAAAGGGAUGAGGGGAUGUCUUAAAACUUUCCCUAAGUCUGUCUUCUGAGUUUUGACUAUGUAGUUGAGUGGGUCAGUUUCUGAGGCUAGGUGUUUUGUAUUCAAGGGCUUUAGUGGUGGCAGUUCCUUCACGGCUUCACCUAGUCUGCUACAACAACGACCCUUGUUUUGGGUUUUGUUUUUAUCAGGUCCUUGUUUUUGUAGGUUUAUCUCUGCAAACCACUCAAUUGAUCUAUAGUGAAACAACUACUCCUUACCCUUAUUA